AUGGCUCCGUCCGUCCCUGAAAUCGCCGAAACUGCGCAACAGCCGCCGAACAUCCAGGUCACGAACCUCCAGUUCACGUAUCCCGGAAUCGACGGCCAGCCGCCUCCCGGCGCCAAGCCGCUGAUCGACGGCUUCUCGCUCACGCUGCACCCCGGCGAUCGCUGCCUGCUCGUCGGCGCGAACGGAGCAGGCAAAACCACCAUUCUCAAGAUCCUGGGUGGCAAGCACAUGGUCGAUCCCUCAAUGGUUCGAGUCCUGGGCCGCUCUGCCUUCCACGAUACCGGGCUCGAGGCGUCUGGCGCUCUCACGUACCUUGGCGGCGAGUGGCGCAGGGAUGUGGCAUUCGCAGGCUUCGACGUGCCGCUACAGAUGGAUAUAUCGGCAAGAAAGAUGAUAUUCGGUGCAGCUGCAGAUGCCACGAGGAGGGACCGGCUGAUCAAGGUGUUGGAUAUCGACUUGGAGUGGAGGAUGCAUAAGGUGUCGGACGGGCAGAGGAGGCGCGUUCAAAUUGCCAUGGGGCUGUUGAAACCGUUCAAGGUUCUUCUCUUAGACGAAAUCACGGUGGAUCUGGAUGUGUUGGGUCGAGCUGACUUGAUGGCUUUCCUGAGGGAGGAGUGCGAGCAGAGAGGCGCGACCAUCAUGUAUGCCACUCACAUUUUCGACGGGCUGCAGACAUGGCCCACCCACAUUGCAUACGUGGCAAAGGGCAGGCUGCAGUUCACCAAGCAGCUGACAGAAUUUCCAGAGCUGGCAUCCACCACUCUCAUGGUGAGCUAG